AUGGAGACUCCCAACAGAAGCAGCAUGACCUUGGUCCUGUCCCUGGCCCUCUCGGGGGCACACCUCCGCAGGACCCUCCUGGGUCAGCCUGGGACCUUUGGGAGUGGCGGCCAUACCAACCAGGCAGCAGCCCACGCCCAGGGAUGCACCAGACGCCAGUCUGUGGCUGUUUCCAACCUCUCUGGCCUCAGCCUCCAGGAGGCCCAGCAGAUUCUCAGCAACUCCAAGCUGAGCCCCGAGGAGGUCCUGGAGAACUAUGAACACUUGUUUGAGGUGAAUGACAAGCCCAUGGGGAGCUCCUUCUACCUGCAGUCCAAGGUGGUCCGCGCAAAGGAGUACCUGGAUGAGGAACUCAGAAUCCAGGCUCAGGAGGACAGAGGAAAAGGCCAGGCGCCCAAAAUGUGA